AUGCCAGCUCCAGGUGUCUACAUCCUUGCCUUCGUUGGCGUAGCAGCCGUUGGAUACGCCUUCCAUGAGUUCGUAUACGAGCCCCAUAUCGCUCCGAAGAUAGAGCUCUGGGCAGAGGAGUUCAUCGCACGCCGCAAGGCCGGUAGACUAAGGAAACAGGGGCCAGUCUCCGCCCCUCAGCACCCUGAGAGUAGGACCCGCAGGAACAAGCCAAACGAUUCCAGCGACGAGGGCUCUGACAACGAUGAUGGCUGGGAUAAGAAGAGAGGGGGCCGCCGAUCCUCAUUCGAGCUCGAGAAUCUUGUCGCUAAAGAGCUGCAAGAAUGGCGCAGCGAAACGGGAUCAAACGUACUCAGGCAAAGGAAGCCUGCUGCGUCGACGUCGUUCAAUACAUUAGACGAGUCCAACAUCUCUAUCCCCUAUUCUACAAUAACCCCCACACACGUUCUCUUUGGCGACUCCGAGCCGUCCACCCCGACAUCCUCAAUCGGUCGCAAUGUCGGUCAGUCAUUCACUACAGCGCUCCCCCGCAAGCCGUCCCAAUCGACGCUGCGCACAGCAUCGCCUAGCACGGGCCCCACAUUUCUUGCAGAAUCCCACACUUCAGCAUCAUCCGACACGCCUUCUUUCAGCGCUGGUCCGUGGGUUGCGCAGCAGAUCGACCUGGCUAAGCGCUUCGAAAAUCAAGGCACUAUUACUCAGGAUCUGAACGCUGACGCCCACAGCGUUGGGAGCUGGUCCCGGUCUUCGACACCCUUCUCUCACGCAUCCUAUUACUCAAAUGUCCCAGCACGGGAACCGAGUAAUAUAACACAUCAACCAUCCCCUAUCGUUGGGGCAGCUUCCCCUCCCCCUGUUUUAUCAUAUGGUCGUGAACCCUCGUCUGGAACUUCCUCGCCCAACGAUUCACCAAUGCAAAGCAUAUCUACCUUUACCUCCCCCGUUCAGCCUCAGCUCAACAUAUCUUCUCCGAACUCGCCUAUCGCACCUUUGGCGUUCUCCCCAACGAUACCGUCCCUCUCAUUUACUGCUCGCGCUCCUUCUUCAGACGAGGGCGACUUGGUUUCGCGUCCAUCCUCCUCGAUGUCAUUCCUUUCCGACUUGCAGACUGCUUCUUCGGGUCCAUCGGAGCUUUCUUUUACGCACGCCAGCGAUCAUUUGAGCAGUUUCGGAUCGUUCGAUGACGAUGAUUUGCUAUCUGUUGGGAGUGGGGAUGGUCCCGCUCAUGGUCCUGAAAGACCUCGAACAUAA